AUGGGGAGCUGCCAGGACCGCAAGCCCCGAGAGGGGCGCGCUGGCCCCCGUGUGCCCGGGGUCCCCAGGGGAUCCGGGAGUGCGCCGCAGGCGGCGGAUGGCGAAGGAGAAGCUGCCGGGGAACCCAGCCCAUCGUCCCUCCGCGGGCGAGAGGAGCGGCGACCGAGCGACGGGCAAGAGACACCCAGCGCUCCGGGAUCGCGGUGGUGGCGGCGGCCCGGGCUUCGAUUGCCGCCGCCGAGAGCGCACGCCCCAGCCCCGCAGCGCAGCCCGGCGUUACCUUGCCGCUGCCCGCAGUCCGGCCCUGGAUCCCUGCGUCCGUCCGUCGGUCCCGCGAUCCUCGGGGGGAGGACGAAAAGGGGUGUCCCAGCGGCCGGGACAGGGUCUCAACAAGGUGAUGGGAAGGACUCGAGAGAGGAGCCGAGGCGGCCGCGGCCGCUCCCGCCGAUGAUGCUGCCGACUCUCCGAGACUGGAGGUGUCGGAAAGGCCGUGUCCUCGGGAUUGAGGCGCCCGGAGCGCAGCGCUCGCCUCUGGCGCGGAGGCUGAGCGCCGGGACGCGGCGAGCUGGGGCGGCGAGGCUGGGCUGGUCACCCGCCCCUGGGUGCAUGUUAAUACGGUGGGGAGGAGGAGUCCCGCGCUUCCUCCGCCCAACCACCGGAGCCGGCGGGCGGGCGGCGGCCACGGCCGGGAGCCAGCCUCUCCCACCCGCCCCAGCUACUACGGCGCGGCCACUAGCCCUGGCCCCAACCCAGGCACGUGCGCCGAGGCCGCGGGGAGGCGCCCGGCGUCUCCCGGAGCUUGCUCUUGGCCUGCGGGUUCUGCCCGUUCAGGCUUCCGGUGGCAAGUGCACUCACUCGCACUCAACCUGGACCGAGGGGAAAGCCCCGCAUCCCUGGGAUGGGCUCGAAAGGCGGCCACCCAUUAGUGGGCGUGCCCCAUCCGUUCCCUGGUGCAGCCUUCCGGAGAAAUGA